AUGCACAGCCGGAUCUCAAAAUUGCCUCGAAGAGUCCUUGAUCUUCGAGGGUUCAAUUCGGAUAGAAGGCUACGUCUUAUGGAUUCUAGGGGAGACUUCGGUGUCUACGCUUGCCUAAGUUAUACCUGGGGUCUACAAAAUACCGGCGCAACGACCCCGGAGAACCUCUCAAGACGCCUAGACGACCUGCCAUUCGUGACUCUUCCACAAACAUACAAGGACGCCGUCACGGUUACUGCAAUGUUGAGUAUCCCAUUUUUGUGGAUCGAUGGACUUUGUAUUAUACAAGGCGAUAUCGACUCUCGGGACUGGGCAGAACAGUCCUCACAGAUGGCGGCAAUUUAUGGCAGCGCAAUCUUGGUGAUUGCGGCUGCUGAUUCCAACAGCGUUGAAGAUGGUUUUCUCUCUGCGCCACAUUUAUCGCGAGAAUUGGUCAAAUUUGAAUCUUCUCGCUUGGAGAAGGGGACUGCCUUGACCGUUUUUGCUAAAGCAAUGUUGGAUCACAGUUGGCUUGGCUGGUCGACUUUGGCGGAACCAAAAACCCGCGGGACACUGAGUCGAAGCUGGUGUUUCCAAGAGGAGGUCCUCGCAUCUCGACUGCUCACCUUCUUCGGUGGCGAGAUGAACUUCCAUUGUGUUGAAGAUGAAUACCAAUGCGAGUGUGCAUUUCCCGCGGUACCGUUAGGCUUGGUAACCAUCAAGGAGCUGUACGAGCCUCGUCUAAAGUUAGGGGACAUGGAAACACCAAACUGGAUGUGGCAGAGUACCGUUGAGCACUACACACGACGGAAGUUGACGGUGGCCACAGACAGGCUUACCGCACUAUCUGGAGUUGCACGUAUAGUACAGUCGAGUCUCCGCACGAAGUAUGCUGCGGGUCACUGGCUGGAUCGAGACUUUCUCUGCAGCUUAUGCUGGGCGCCUGUUAGAACGAAGGAAACUGAGCGGACUUUUUCACGAGACUGUGUUGCUCCGUCAUGGUCUUGGGCAGCUCACAACGGACCCAUCACCAUGUGGAUCCCUUAUGGGGGUUCUGAGGAGCCCAUCACUCCGCGUUUCCUCAAUAAGACUGUCGUCCGUAGUGUCGACAUCACUCCAGCAACAGAAGACAAUACAAGCGCGGUGACUCGAGGGAGUAUAACCGUUAGCGGGGUCUUUCUUGAUAUAUCGGUGCUGAUGACUUCGAGAGAGCAAUCCGCGGGCGUCAUGAUGAGAAAUGGGGAGAGAAUUCCAUUCUACUUCGAUCGACCAACUCAAGAAAUCAUGGAUAUGGACAACAGACCAGGUGGACCUGCUCAUAUUUGCGAGCGCGUGGGUUUUACCGAUUUUGACGCAACAGCUUCCGAUCAGUCUAUGAUAUUUUUCAAGGGAUAUAGAGUAUCGAUUAGGACAGCCAUAAUAGUAUGA